CAUCAAUCUAACAAUCGACGCAACAUGCUUGAAUGCAAUGGCUCGCAAUGGAAUGAGCCAAUGUGCACUUUGCAGAAUGAACAGUGAGCCAAAAGACUGAUCACACAUAAAGGCAAGCUGUUGUGGCGAGAGAGAGAAAAAAAGAUGUCCGCUUGUUUGGAAAAGGCGCAUUGGAAAUGGACUGGUAGCCAACACAGGUCUUGGACUGGAAUGCCCGAGUAUUGGCAUCAUUGGCAGAGACCAUGAUGGAAGCCCAGUCGGCGUCUCUAGAUGAGUACCCGGAGGUGGAUCAGGUCUUGGUGCAGAUGCGUGUGGAUGCGGAGGGGGAUCCGGAGCAGAGUCUGACCGAGGGAAGCGAGGGGGGAGCGGGCAGCCCCUCUGCCAUGCAGCCCCAGACGCCCAUGGACACAGACAAGCAGGCCAUCUACAGGCACCCCCUGUUCCCUCUGCUGGCCCUACUCUUUGAGAAGUGUGAGCAGUCGACUCAGAGCUCAGACUGCGUCAGCUCUGCCAGCUUCAAUGUGGACAUUGAGAACUUUGUCCGCAGCCAGAAGAAAGAGGGCAAGGGCUUCUUCUGUGACGACCCAGACGUGGACAACCUGAUGGUGAAAGCCAUCCAGGUGCUGCGUAUCCACCUCCUGGAGCUGGAGAAAGUGAGCGACUUGUGUAAGGACUUCUGUAGCCGCUACAUCGCCUGCCUGCGCACCAAGAUGAACAGUGAGACCCUGCUGAGUGGAGGAGAAACUGACAGCCCUUGUUCCCCUGUCCAGAUACAGACCUCCAGCCCACUCACAGGAACCCUCAGCCCUCAAGGCAUUGUGAUGUCAGCCUCGGCCCUGCAGCAAGGCAACGUUACCCUGACAACAGUCAAUUCUGCUGGCCAAGUGUUAGCAGGUAUGUCUCCAUGGCAUACCACCUCUACAGGUGGUACAGUGUACCAGCCCAUCACAGUAGUCACUCCUCAGGGACAGGUGGUGGGACAAGCUAUCUCACCCCAGACAAUACGCAUCAACAACACACAGCUCCAGUUGCAGCUCAAUCAGGACCUAAGCAGUUUCUUCACCCAGGAGGACAGCUCAUCCAAGAGCAACAAGAGGGGCGUCCUGCCCAAAUCAGCCACCAACAUCAUGCGUACCUGGCUCUUCCAACACAUAGGCCAUCCCUAUCCCACAGAGGACGAGAAGAAACAGCUUGCCAUACAGACCAACCUGACCCUGCUGCAGGUCAACAACUGGUUCAUUAAUGCUAGGAGGCGGAUCCUCCAGCCCAUGAUGGACAGCAGUGCUUCAGACGCGCCCAAGAGCAGGAAGAGGACUCCCCAGAGCCGGCCCACCCAGCGUUUCUGGCCCAUGGCCAACAACAUUGCCUCGGCCGGUGUAGGGCAAGAGGUGGCCAUGGAUGAUGACGUUACCAUGGUGACGAUGGGCAUGAGUGUAGACGAGCUGCAGACGCUGACCUCAGACGGUGCAACACUGGCCAUGCAGCAGGUGAUGAUGGGAGGACACAGCGAGGAGGAGGACGGCGAGAGCGAGGAGGAAGAAGAGGAAGAGGAGGAGGAGGAGGGGGGUGACAUGGCCGGAUUGGAGUGACAUACCACUACAGCGGGAUGUGACGUCACACCCUCAUGCAUGCCUGUGUUUGACUAAAUUACUCAACACUCAUCACAGUGUCCAAGACAACCCACACUAGGCCUUUAAGGUCCUUCUAGAAACAGAAAAAAAAAAAUGCUAUUUUUAUAUGUAAAAUGUUUGGAAUGAAGGCUGCUUUAUUUUUUUCAUUUGGCUUUUUUGCUUAGUGUUUUUAUUUUGUUUAGUUUGUUUUUUUAAAGAAUAUUUAUGUAUGAACAUUGAAUGUCCAAUAUGGCUGACCUGCUUUUCAAGGUCUGUUGGAUUUCUCUAAUAAUAAAAUGUUCAAGAAAGA